GGCAGAGGGAAGUGGCGCCGCGGCAGCUGCACAAGAUGGAGGAUCCUUGAGCAUCAGCGGCAGCCACUCGGCCGGCCUGUCUGGCGGGGGAGGUGUUUGGAUCUGUCCGGGUCCGUCCGUCCCCCCCCGGGGCAGGGGCAGGGGCAGGGCCAGGGCCGCUUGUCUCCCAGCUCUCGGGUUUGCCUGUCCCUGCCUUGGGGGCUCUGCCUCCCUCCCCCGCGUGAGCUGGUCACCGCGCACGGCCCCCGGGCAUUAUCCCAGGGAGCCCCGAGGGGGCCGGCCCGGGGUGAGCUCGCCAGUGUCUCGUCCCUUCCCCUCCCCGCCGCUCCGGCCCUGCCGUUCUCCCUCCGCGGCGCCUCUGGCCCUAGGAGGGGAAUAAUCCGAGCUCGGGCUGCCGCGGCUGCCCGGCGUCCCAUCCGAGCAUGGCAGCGUGCUCUGAGCUCGCUGGCCCCCUGCGAGGAGACCGGUAAAUAUCGGGCCCUUUCUAGAGAGGGGAAUUGAGAAAUGGAGAGGCCCAGGCGGUAGUGCUAGGAUAAAAGGGUUGCCUCUGAUAAAGGAAAAAUGGCUUUCAGCAAAGGAUAUCGUGUCUAUCACAAACUGGAUCCACCUCCAUUCAGUGUGAUAGUGGAAACCAGAAAUAAGGAAGAGUGCCUCAUGUUUGAGUCUGGAGCUGUGGCUGUCCUCUCAUCUGCAGAGAAAGAGGCAAUCAAGAGCACAUACUCCAAAGUAAUGGAUGCAUAUGGACUUUUAGGUGUAUUAAGGUUAAAUCUGGGAGACACUUUGUUACAUUAUCUGGUUCUAGUCACAGGAUGUAUGUCUGUGGGAAAGAUUCAAGAAUCUGAAGUUUUUCGAGUUAUUUCCACUGAAUUCAUAUCAUUACGAAGUGACCAUUCAGAUGAAGAUCGUAUUUCAGAAGUGCGCAAAGUUUUGAACUCAGGGAAUUUUUAUUUUGCAUGGUCUGCUACUGGGGUCAGUUUAGAUCUUAGUCUUAAUGCUCACCGUAGCAUGCAAGAACACACCACUGACAAUAGAUUUUUCUGGAACCAAUCACUGCAUUUGCAUCUUAAGCAUUAUGGUGUGAACUGUGAUGACUGGUUAUUGCGUCUCAUGUGUGGAGGAGUAGAGAUUAGAACAAUUUAUGCAGCUCACAAACAGGCAAAGGCUUGCCUCAUUUCACGACUAAGCUGUGAACGAGCUGGGACCAGGUUUAAUGUACGGGGAACAAAUGAUGAUGGUCAUGUUGCUAAUUUUGUUGAAACAGAACAGGUGAUAUUCCUAGAUGACAGUGUGUCUUCCUUCAUACAAAUUCGUGGAUCUGUCCCAUUAUUUUGGGAGCAGCCUGGUCUGCAGGUGGGAUCCCAUCGUGUCAGAAUGUCAAGGGGAUUUGAAGCAAAUGCACCGGCUUUUGACAGGCAUUUCCGAACACUUAAAAAUGUAUAUGGCAAGCAAAUUAUUGUAAAUUUACUUGGGGCAAAAGAAGGGGAGCACAUGCUUAGCAAAGCCUUCCAGAGCCACUUGAAAGCCUCUGAACAUGCUAUUGAUAUCAAAAUGGUGAACUUUGACUAUCAUCAAAUGGUUAAAGGCGGAAAGGCAGAAAAACUACACAGCGUGCUUAAACCUCAAGUCCAAAAAUUCUUAGAAUGUGGAUUUUUUUAUUUCGAUGGAAAGGAAGUUCAAAGAUAUCAAAGUGGUACUAUCAGGACAAACUGCUUGGACUGUCUGGAUAGAACAAACAGUGUGCAGGCUUUCUUUGGCUUAGAGAUGCUAACAAAGCAACUGGAGGUUUUAGGGUUAGCUGAGAAGCCUCAGUUGGUUACUCGCUUCCAGGAAGUUUUCCGGUCCAUGUGGUCUGUGAAUGGUGAUUCUGUCAGUAAAAUAUAUGCAGGAACUGGAGCUCUUGAAGGAAAGGCUAAGGCUGGAAAGCUGAAGGAUGGUGCUCGUUCUGUGACCAGAACAAUUCAAAAUAACUUUUUUGAUAGCUCCAAGCAGGAGGCCAUUGAUGUUUUGUUAUUGGGGAAUACCCUAAAUAGUGAUUUAGCAGAUAAAGCACGGGCUCUCUUAACCACCAGCAGUUUACGUGUUUCAGAGCAGUCAUUGCAAUCAGCAUCUAUAAAAGCACUAAAGGGUAUGUGUGAAAAUUUUUAUAAGUAUUCAAAGCCAAAAAAAAUUCGAGUAUGUGUUGGAACAUGGAAUGUCAAUGGUGGGAAGCAAUUUCGAAGCAUUGCUUUUAAAAAUCAGACACUUACUGACUGGCUUCUAGAUGCACCAAAGUUAGCUGGUAUCCAUGAAUUCCAAGAUCGAAGAAGCAAACCUAUUGACAUAUUUGCCAUUGGAUUUGAAGAAAUGGUUGAGUUAAAUGCAGGAAACAUUGUGAAUGCAAGCACAACCAAUCAGAAGCUGUGGGCUGCUGAACUGCAAAAGACCAUUUCAAGAGAUUACAAAUAUGUGCUGCUGGCUUCUGAGCAAUUGGUGGGCGUCUGUCUCUUUGUGUUCAUCAGACCCCAGCUUGCUCCUUUUAUCAGGGAUGUUGCUGUUGAUACUGUAAAGACUGGUAUGGGAGGAGCUACUGGUAAUAAAGGUGCAGUAGCAAUUCGAAUGUUGUUUCACACAUCCAGUCUUUGCUUUGUCUGUAGUCACUUUGCUGCAGGGCAAUCACAAGUCAAAGAGAGAAACGAAGACUACAUAGAAAUAGCCCGAAAACUCAGUUUCCCAAUGGGAAGGCUCCUCUUUUCCCAUGACUAUAUAUUUUGGUGCGGCGAUUUUAAUUAUCGUAUAGAUCUUCCUAAUGAGGAAGUGAAGGAGUUAAUUCGCCAGCAGAAUUGGGAUUCCCUUAUUGCAGGAGAUCAACUUGUCAACCAGAAAAAUGCUGGACAGAUCUUUAGGGGAUUCUUAGAGGGAAAGAUAACUUUUGCACCCACAUACAAAUAUGACUUGUUUUCUGAUGACUAUGACACCAGUGAAAAAUGUCGCACGCCAGCAUGGACAGAUCGUAUUCUUUGGAGAAGAAGAAAAUGGCCAUUUGACCGAUCAGCUGAAGACCUGGAUCUUCUGAAUGCUAGUUUUCAGGAUGAAAGUAAUAUCCUUUACACAUGGAAUCCUGGUACUUUGUUGCACUAUGGAAAAGCAGAGCUGAAAACGUCUGAUCAUAGGCCUGUUGUUGCACUGAUUGACAUAGAUAUAUUUGAAGUUGAGGCAGAAGAGAGACAGAAAAUUUAUAAGGAGGUGAUUGCUGUGCAGGGACCACCUGAUGGUACUGUCAUGGUCUCCAUCAAAAGCUCUUCACCAGAAGAAAACUAUUUUAAUGAUAUUUUGAUUGAUGAACUUCUUCAAAAGUUUGCAACGUAUGGUGAAGUUAUACUUAUAAGGUUUGUAGAAGACAAAAUGUGGGUAACAUUUUUGGAAGGAAACUCUGCUUUGAGUGCUCUGAACCUGAAUGGUAUUGAGGUUUUAGGAAGGAUCAUAAACAUAAACUUGAAAAACUCAGACUGGAUCAGAAGUUUGGAAGAGGAGAUGAAUCUAGAGAAGAUGGUUGGAUUGCCUUCAUCAACCAGCUCCACUUUGCUUUGUGAAGAUGCUGAGGUUUCUGCAGACUAUGAUAUGGAAGGUGAUAUUGAUGACUAUAGUACUGAAGUGGAAGAAAUUUUUCCUCAACAUCUACAGCCAGGUACAAGUUCUGGCCUUCGAACCUCACCAGGCUCUUCACCUCGUUCCAGUCCCUGCCAAUCACCCACGUUGUCAGAUGGACCACUACCCACCCUUCCAGUGAGACCAAGUCGAGCACCUACAAGAACUCCUGGACCACCUAUAUCCUCAAAAUGUUCUCCAGUUGAUUUUCAACCAAUUACACAACAGAAAGAGUCUACUCCGAGCUUAGAGCCUAAACGUCUUCCUCCGCCUCGCCCAGUGGCUCCACCUACACGGCCUGCUCCACCACAGAGACCACCCCCACCAUCAGGGGGUAGAAGUCCUGCACCUGCUAGAAAAGAAUUUGGAGGUCUUGGAGCUCCUCCCAGUCCUGGGAUAGCAAGGAGAGAAAUAGAAGUUCAAAAAAGCCCUGGAACACAAAGAAAAGAUAAUUUAGUUCGUAGUCAGCCUCCACUUUCAGCUGGAUUCACAAGCACAGGAACUGUUGGAUAUAGUGCAGCCAGACCGACUGUUCCACCCCGAGCUGGAGUUAUUAGUGCACCACAAAGCCAUGUCCGUCCGUCUGUGGGGAGGCCAACACCUGAAACCCAAACCAAGCCAGCUGAACCACCAAGAGUGUCACCUUUGCUUCCUGAACCACUUAAACCGCAGGCCAUAGUUCCUCUUCAACCCACCAUUCAGCCACCAUCGGUUCAAAAAAUGCAGGAGCCUCUUAUGCCUAUGAUGAUGCAUACAUCUCAGACAACUCCUCCACAGAAUCUGGAAGCACCACCGCAACCACCUCCCCGGAGCAGGUCAUCCCACAGCUUGCCUUCAGAAUCGGUGCCUUCACAACAGCAAAUUAAAGCAAAUGGAGUCUAUGGCAUUAAACUUGAAACACAGUUAAACAAUGACCCUUUUGAAGAUCUGUCAUUUAAUCUUCUUGCUGCAUCAAAGGUUCAGACAUCUGUUCGAAUAUCACCUGUUCCAACUUUAAACCAAAAGGAGUUGACUUGGUUGCCUUCUGCAACACAAAGCAAUGUUAACAGUUUGGAUACUGUAAACUGCAUGCCAGCAAUGCCUCCUAAUCCAGCCUAUAGCAAAUCCCAGGAACAUGUACACAGCUCUCCAAAUUUGUUGGUUACCAGACUGAACAGCACAAAUCCUUUCACUGAAAGAAUAGUUAAUGCUGGAAACCCAUUUAGAACUGAAACGCGAGAACCUGAAGUAACUUCACAACUUUUAAUAGAAGGACCUGCUGCUUGUAACCCUUUUCCCUCUCUAAAUCAUCCAAAUCCUAGUAAAGGCAAGCCUAUGUUCUCUAUCAAUGCUUUUGAAGACAAUUUUUGUUUGCAAAGUAAAUCUUCUAUCGUGAAAAAUACAAAACCAAAAGGAUGGGUAACAUUUGAGGAAGAGGAGGAUUCCAGUGUAAAAUUAAAGACGUCCUCUGAAUGUGUUACAGAAUUCAAGAGAGUCAGUUCCAGGAAACCUACUGGUUUUCCAGAUUUAGUGGGCACUGAACCAAAUAUAUUUCCUGGCUCAGACUUUACCUUUGAAAAUGACUGGAAUUCUGCUGAUUCCUUCUACAUGCUGCCAGCAAGAAGACCACCUGCACCUCCUGUACCAUCAAGAAUAACCCAGACUAUAUCCCCUGCAGAUCCUUUUGCCUUGUUGGCACCUAAAGUGUCACCAACACAAGAUUUUACAGAAAGAUAGACAUUCUAAAAUACAAGAGAUUUUAAGUUUUUUGCUAGGUGUAUCCAAAAGAAUAAUUGGGCAUUGAGGUUAUUCUGUGUGCAAUAAUUCAUUGUCAAAUGCACUGAACCUUAACUCUAUUCAUAGCAACCACUGUUUAUGUACAAAUUUUGAAUAUGUAUAUAUGGUAGUGCACAAAAGAAUUGUCCCCAAUUACUAUAAAUUUAGAUGUAGUCAUAUUGAAAUGAUUAGUCGUUAAUCCUCAUAGAAUGUACAACUCUUGGAAAUUAGUCUUUGUUUAUGAAGCACUUUCUUUCUGUUCUUCUCAGAGGAAUUUCAAAAUGCUCAUGAGACUUCCAGCUGUUAAACCCCUCCAGUCCCUUUUUACUGUUUGGUAACUGAUAUUUAUAAAUAUUUACCAAAGAACAGCAAAGUUUAAUCAAAAUAUUGAAUGUGGACAGGUACUAUUUAGAAAGUAAUUUAUAACAGAGGUUAUGUAGCUUAGUAAGGCUUAAUUAUAUUUAAAUUUGAGGCACAAACUAAAAUAGUUACUUUCAAAAUACAAAGAAGACCUCAUACUAAUAUAGUAAAUAUUAAAUUUAUUGACUUUUUUGUCUAGUAAUUUCCACCGUUUGUUGAUGUAAACUUAGAAUAGCUAUUUAUUAUUCAAUUUCAUUCAUUUAUUCAUCAUUCUCUUAAAGGCUUUUUUUCCCCAGAAAUUGGAAACUACUAAUAUUACAAAAUGCUUUCUUUUCACCCUUUUAAAAAAAUAAAUCCCAUUUUUCAUCUUUUGCUUUGAUGUUUAAAACCAGGCUCCCGCUGUAAAGAUAUGAGUGAGGAAAUAAGCAAUUAUGCAGUGACUUCAGGAGUGUGUUUUGGACACCAUAUUGCCCAGUUUCAUCCCUCUCUACUAACUGCUAUAUUUUCAAAACCUUGCCUUCAGCAGAGAAAGCAGGAGAGCAGCAACCCUCUGAGCUGAAUGGUACUAUUCUAUCAGCCUUCUGUGUGUGAUAAAUCAGCAUUCUUCCCUCCCCCAGAGGUUGUAAACACCACAUUUGUGGUGCUGCUUUGAAGAUAGUGGAGGCUACGUCUUUUCACAUAGGAUACUGUAAAUAUGCAACUGGUCCUGUUUCUAUAGUUUUCUGAAGUUCACGGUAUUUGCAUAAAAUGUGGUAUUUUGGUAUCUUGAAGGAAUUUAAAAUAACAAAGAUUUCUUUAGCAACACUUAUGUAUGCUAAAGAAAUGGUAAUGUUCCUUACACUGUAUCUUUUAUAACAUGACUUUUAUAUAAAAAGUUGUGUACAUUCAUCAAAAUUUUGUUAUGAGAUGUAUUGGGGGUGAGCCACCAUACACACCUGCACUUAUUGGCUUAGCAAACAAUUUAUGCUAUUUUUGCAACAUUUGUAAGUGAAUCAUAGUUAUUAGUAUUACAUUUAUAGCAGCAAAAGAAUAUGACAAUACUACUUCUAAAUUCUCCAAUACUAUCAAAAUAUUCCAUUCAGAAAUAAUCCACUCUUCCUUUAACAGUAUAAUUAGGAGAUGCUGUUGGAUAGAAGUUACAGUAGUGAGUUUUAUAUUGUGCUUUUCUUCUGUUCACGUCAUUAAAAAGUUCUUGUAAAUUUUAAACACAGUACCUGUGAUAAACUUUGUGCUUCAAUAUGUGAGUUAACUAGUUUAAACUGUGGCUAUUAACAUCUGUGUGACUGGUGGGUUUGGUAUACAGUCUUUCAUUAGCAAAACAAUUUUGUUUUGGAAACUUUGCUUGUGCAAAUUGCAGUUUUGUGAUAAAUAUGUUCCUUGAUGAAUAUUUAAUUACAGUGCUUACAAACUGCUGUCUAAAUAUACUUAAUAUACAGCACCUCAACACUUAUAUGGGAUUAAAGAGUUUGACAAAAUACUGCACAAAAAGAUGCUAAUAUAUAGAGUACAACUAGCUAACCACUCUAAUGUGUAUUACUGGAAAUAAUUACUACCAAAAGUACUUAAAUACUGAGAAGUAAAAUUAGAAAUGCUAAACGUAUUUUCAUGAAUUGUGUUCCCCGUAGUAAAUUGCUCUGUUAAUGUGUAACAAUUUUAUUGCUUGUGGCACACAACAUUUAUGGCAGUAUACUUUAUAAAACUGCAGUAUUAAAACUCGGUGGCAUACAACAUUCCGUACCAAUCCUGUGAAAUGCAGUAAUGUAUUAUUGAAGUAAAUAUACCUGUCUU